UCCAAGUCCAAAUCGACGAACUCCUCUGUUCUUCUUCAGCAAAUCCUGCAAUUUCAACCUCCAAAAAUGGAAGAAAUCGAAGUCCCCAACUACUUCCUCUGCCCAAUCUCCCUCCAAAUCAUGAAAGACCCAGUCACCGUUCCCUCCGGCAUCACCUACGACCGCCCCUCCAUCGAAACCUGGCUCUUCUCCACCAAAAACGCCUCAUGCCCCAUCACCAAGCUCCCCAUCCCCGCCGACUCCGAUUCCCUCACCCCCAACCACACCCUCCGCCGCUUAAUCCAAGCCUGGUGCACUCUCCACUCCGAUCAUGGCAUCGAACGCUUCCCCACUCCCAAGCCCCCCAUCAACAAGCCACAAAUCCACAAACUCAUCUCCUCCUCUUCCUCUACUCCCUCCUCCCUUCUCUCCUGCAUUCGCCGCCUCCGUUCCCUCGCCGCCGAAUCCGAAUCCAACCGCCGAUGCAUCGAAUCCGCCGGCGCCCCUGAGUUUCUAGCCUCUGUUAUCAUCAAUUCCAUCUCCGACAACGACAACGAAACCGCCUCGAUUUCCUGCCAUGAAGCGCUUUCUACUCUCCAUAAUCUCCGCCUCUCCGAUUCCAAGUUGAAGAGCUUGACCGUAAACGCCGAGCUUUUUGAUUCGUUGACGAAGGUCAUGGAACAGGGGACGUACGAGUCGCGAGCGUACGCGGCGUUGCUUUUGAAAUCACUACUGGAAGUGGCGGACCCAAUGGAGCUGACAUUCCUAAAAUCCGAACUGUUUGUGGAAAUUGUUGGGAUCUUGAAGGAUCAGACAUCGCAGCAGAGUUUGAAAGCGGCAUUGGGGAUUUUGAUUACGGCCUGCACAUGGGGGAGGAACAAAGUGAAGGCAGUUGAGGCAGGUGGGGUUGUGGCUUUAGUCGAGAUAUUACUCUCGGGACCGGAGAGGAGGGUGUCCGAGAUGGUGUUGACGGCGAUGGAUUUGCUAUGUGGGUGUGCAGAAGGGCGAGCGGCGCUUCUGGGUCACGGCGGAGGGAUGGCAGUGGUUUCGAAGAAGAUCUUGAGAGUGUCGCAAGUGGGGAGUGAGAGGGCGGUUAGGAUUCUGUUUUGGGUGGCGAAAUAUUCAGGGAGUCCGGCGGUGUUGACGGAAAUGGCGCAGUUGGGGAUCGUGGCGAAGCUUUGCCUGGUUCUGCAAGUUGAAAGUGGGAGCAAGACGAAGGAGAAGGCCAAAGAAAUUUUGAAGAUGCAUGCUCGAGUUUGGAGGAAUUCGGCUUGUAUUCCUUCCAAAUUGGCUUCUUCUUAUCCUGCAAAUUAAAACGGACAUCAAUUUAAACCCCAUUUUUUUUGUGUAUAUAAUUCACUCCAAAUUGUAAGCUAUGGAUAUUUAGAACAAAAUUUAAAAGGGUUCCACAAAUUGUUCUUCGACGUCAAUACAAUACAUACGGUUGUUAGAUGAA